UUUCUCCCUCGGAAGUUUCUAAUUAAUACCGUGUAAACAGUAAUUAAAUUGUAAUAAUUAGAUAAAGUUUCUUUUUCAUGUUCUUCAUCAUCUUUAACUCAAUGGCACUGAAAAUUGCGUUUCUUCUCUUCCUCGCUUCACAUUUAUCGGUCUCGGUGAUGUCGAGGAGCUUUACGAUAGAGAACAAAUGCGACUACACUAUAUGGCCUGCAACCUACAACUACCAGGGCUCGGUCGACACAACCGGUUUCAGGCUUGAAAAGGGAGAGACGCGUACCAUCAAUACGACGUCGUCAUGGAUAGGUAAUAUAUGGGGUAGAACGCUAUGUGACACAAACUCAUCAGGGGGUUUCUCAUGUAUCACCGGAGACUGCGAGUCCGGCGAAAUAGAGUGCUCCAAGGAAGGCGUUCCUCCCGCAACUUUAGCCGAGUUUAACCUAGCUUUUGACGGUGGUAAUGAUUAUUACGACGUCAGCGUCAUCAAUGGUUACAACCUCCCUGUGCUUGUGACACCGGAGAACGGAACGUGCAAAAGCAUAGGAUGCGUUGUGGACAUUAAAAAGACGUGUCCAACGGAGCUGUGGAUCAACAGAACCGAUAUAAGAUCUAACGAUCCAUACGCAUGCAAGACCUCGUGUCAGAUAAACCAGACGAGGGAGCUUUGUUGUGUCGGACUUUACGUGGCUGGCGACGGCGUACCACCCGAACAAUGCAAGCGGACGAUCUACUCGCAGACUUUCAACCGUGAGUGUCCAGGCGCUUAUAGCUACGCCUACGAUACUAAUAACAGCACCUUCGUAUGUCCAUAUUCCUCCAACUUUGUCGUCCAGUUUUGCCCUGGUCCCAACACAACCACGCCUCGUUCUAAAGAUCAUACGGUUCUACGACUCAAGAAUCUCCUAUUCAUUAAAAUUUUACUUGUUGCAGAGGCAACGGAUGAACCUCCGCUAGCACCCUCAGUGUCUCCAGCCCCCAAGACAACUCGAGUACAAGCAAAACGAAAAUCUUCGUUGAAGUUAAUACUCAUACUUGGAGGCUCGUCAGUUUUUGCUAUGAUCAUCGUUAUUGCGAUUGUGAUUAAGGUGAGAGCAAAUAAUAGGAGAAAAAGUGAUUUGGAUGGGAAGAACAUCGAAGCAGUUGUAAUGUUAAAACGAUUUAGUUAUGCACAAGUCAAGAAGAUGACAAAAUCAUUUGCGGAUGUUCUUGGGAGAGGCGGAUUUGGAACUGUUUAUAAAGGAAAGUUACCUGAUGGCAGCCGAGAUGUUGCCGUGAAGAUCUUGAAGGAGUCAAACGAGAAUGGGGAAGAUUUCAUCAACGAAGUUGCUAGCAUGAGUAGAACAUCUCAUGUUAAUAUUGUUUCUCUGCUAGGGUUCUGCUAUGAAGGAAGCAAAAAAGCUAUAAUAUAUGAGUACAUGCCAAAUGGAUCCCUCGACAAGUUCAUAUCGGAGAAGAUGUCGGAGAAAAUGGAAUGGAAAACGUUAUACAACAUUGCGGUAGGUGUGUCACGUGGCCUAGAGUACUUGCACAACCGUUGUGUAACGAGGAUUGUACAUUUCGAUAUAAAGCCGCAGAACAUACUCAUGGAUGGUGACUCUUGUCCCAAGAUUUCGGACUUCGGUCUUGCUAAGUUAUGUAAAAAUAAUGAAAGCAUCAUGUCAAUGCUAGACACGAGAGGCACGGCAGGGUACAUCGCACCAGAAGUCUUUUCCAAGAAUUUUGGAGGAGUUUCUCACAAGUCGGAUGUGUAUAGUUAUGGAAUGGUGGUUCUUGAGAUGAUUGGGGCAAGGGACAAAGAAAAGGCUCAAAACUUUGAAUCCAACAAUAAGUCCAUGUACUUCCCGGAUUGGAUUUAUAAAGAUGUUGAGAAGGGAGAAAUCAUGAGUUUUUUCGAAGAUCAAAUAACUGAAGAAGAAGAUGAGACACUAGUUAAGAAAAUGGUAUUGGUGGGUUUGUGGUGUAUUCAGACAAAUCCAUUUGAUCGUCCAUCAAUGAGCAAAGUCGUUGAAAUGUUAGAAGGAAGUCCAGAGGCUCUAAUGAUUCCACCGAAGCCUCUUUUAUCUAUACCUGCAACAACAGUUCAAAGUAGUGCUGGUGAAGUCCAUGACACUUCAAGCUUCUCGAAACCGAGUCAAGAUACUUCACUUUAUUCCGAAGAAGCAGUUCAAGACAUUACAGAAGAGUAUAGCUUAAGAUCUUCCUAAACCAAGGCCGGCAAGUAGGAUCAUGGAAUCGUCUUACCGGUUCAUUGAUGAAACCCAAGUUAGAUUUUGUUACUAUUCAGUUAUUCAUCAUUAAUGAUAGUUCCUGUGGAAAUGUAACCCCAAAAUAAUAUAUGCUUAUAAUAACAGGUGAUCUUUUAAAUGCAGA